GGCUGCGCGAGGCCAGUUCGAGAACGCGACCCUAACACUGACAUCCGGUUUUUUUAAAACGUAACGUGUAACGGAAGCAAUAAUAUAAUACGCGAGCAACAUGAAAAUUGUACUGUUGCUACUCAUCACAACGUUCAUUGCCUCAGGCCAGAGGAUAACGACAAUCCAGCUUGAUGGAGUGCAAUAUUUCGUGUCGAGAAUGAACCCAUACAGCCCGGAGUUAAAUUACUUCCUGGCUUAUCAGUAUUGUCGUUCGCUGGGCCUUCAAUUGGCGUCUUUUGAAACUAAAGAAAAAGCCGAUACCAUGACGCAGUAUUUGAAAAACGCCGGUUACACUAAAUACGAUUUCUGGACGUCGGGUAAUAAAUUAGGAACUGAUAUGUUCCUUUGGAUGAGCACAGGAUUGCCAUUUAAUGCGACGUUUGAUUACAUGCUGAGACGUUCUGGUAACCGCGCUGUUGACGUACCGCCCGGUACUGAACCCCAAAGGGUAGCACGUGAAAGUGGAGAUAGUGGGAGCUCGGAUGGUUGUGUCGCGAUGGUGGCACCAACACUAGCCUGGGAUUCCCAGGACUGCACUCACGUUAAGGAUUUCAUUUGCGAGCAGACACGGUGUUAUUAUUACAACUAUGGAAGCAUACCGGUUUCGGCAACUCAGGGAAAUCGUAGACCAUACGCGACGACAACGACGACAACGGUAUUGCCAGAGACUGACAGUAACGACGAUAAUGCGGACAAAUUGGAGACCGAAACAACAGACGUGGAUAAUAUUAAUGUAGAAGAGGAGCACGAGCAUCCAGCUGAAGAGCAUCAGACAGAAAUAUACGAAAACAAUAGCAGUGACAAUAACAAUAACAAUAAAAAUCAUGAGAGUAAUGAUAAUGACGGCAAUAAACAAGAAGAAAUUGAAGAAAGUUCAGAUUCACCAGACACAUUCACCCAACCCGAAGACCCAGUAGUGGGUCGGCUAAUGAGCGCCAUCUCCUCUGACCCUUUGACGAAAUCUCAAUCAAGUGAGGACGUUAUCAAAGAGCAGCGCAGCAGAACCGAGGAUAUUCCCGACAUAACGAGUUUAUUUACUGGAAACCCGGCUAUUAAAUCACGCACUGACACCGUGUUCGCUGGACUGGAGACUCACGAAAUCAGAUCACUUCAACGUGCGAGUCAGCAGUCGCCGACUUACGACAAGGCCGCAAGUCAACCAGAGAACUCGCUCGAGGAGUCCAAGACCAUUGGCCCGUACGACAGCGAUCAAGAUUACGCGAACGACGCUCCAGAUCACAGCCCCACCAGCGGAGACACGUCCAAGGACCAAGAGGAAGACUCAAGCACUAUUUUGCCUGAUGCCGAGCCAGCUUAUAGGUACAACAUCAAAGUCCGCUCCAACGGAAAAGUAUUAGACCCUCCGUCCAAGUAAUCCACCAAUUAAGUUAUUAUUUUUUAAGUCCUAGUAUUUUAUACAAACUUCCUCCGUUUUUUUUAUCGAAGCAAAAUUUAUCGAGUAAUUAAUUAACUAAAUAAUAAUAAUAAAUAAUAGAGUCGUGAGGGAUAAUAGUGCGGCAUUAAUAAGAUCAACUUCUCGACUCAAUUAAAUUCGUAAUUAGUUUAUAGACAUAAGGCAAUAAAAAUUAUUAUUAUUAUUACUAUUAUUGAAAUGUAAUGAUAAUACUGAUCAAAAUAUGGCAUCAGAGGACUUGAGAAAGCUUGUAGCUUCUUAGGUGAUGGGCCAAGGGACGUCCGCUGAUGCCAUGUUCGACAAUUUGUACUGAUAGCUGAAUACGAGUGCAAGACGAAACGUUGUGCGAAUUUUAAUACAUGUUUAAUCAAUAAUACUUAUUGUCGCUUAGUGCACAAUGUCCGCUACAAUGUUUGCGUCAUCCAGUCGUAUUCAUAAUUAGAGAUUAAUUAAAUUCAAUGUAACAAUUUAAACGAGUUAAUUUGUUUUUUUUUUUUUUUUUUUUUUUUAUAUGUAUGCCAUUGAUAUUGUAAUACCAGAGCGAGAAUGAAGAGCUAUUUCGAAUGA